UUGACCAAGGAGUUCUUCAGUGUUGAGAAACGCAAGCAGACUAUCCCAAAAUGGUGUAACAUUCAUGCUAACAAGGAAUGCUUUGACGCUAUGGCAUGUGCUGCCCCUAUUGUCUCACCUUCUAAACCAUCCAUCAGUGAGGUAAUCAACGUGAAACUCUUUAUUACCUCCUACACUGAUGAGUUCUUUACUGAAAGGGAGAUAAUCAGGAAAGAGAUACUUCCUGAAGUUCGAGCAUGGUGUGAGCAAAGGAAACUAAACCUAAUCGAGCAUGCAAUCAAAUGGGGGGGUCGGCACCCUGACCGCAGGGAAGUGUCGGAGCUGGAGAGAGCUCAGACCAGCAUCGAAAACUGUUACUACAACAAUAUCAUGCCUCUCUUCAUCAAUAUUACCAGUGAGUCUAUUGGUUGGGUGCCUAUGUGGGGGGAGUAUGCUGAUGAGGUGAUAGAGGACUACAUUGAAGCCUAUGGCCUUCUUGUGGAAGACCUCCAAGUCCUGUAUGGAGCUUACAGGGAGGAUAAUCUCAACUCUAUUUUUCUCAUCAGAAAUGAUUCUUUUCUUGAAUCUGUAUGCGAGGAUGAAAAGAAGUAUUUUGUACAGAGGACCUCAGCAUCAGAGAAAAUUUGUGGACCACAUGACAAAAUAUCACAGAAAUUUCCAAGUCAUCGAAUAAAGCACUAUAAGUGUGAGAACAAAGGGAUUGAUCACAAGAAGAGACCUCAAAUUAAACUAGCUGAUGAGCUCAAACAAGAGAUUAUCGACUUCCUGAAGCAGCGUGUGGCGUACGACUACUGCGGAGAGGAGCCCAUGGUUUCCAACCACCCCGACAGCUUCGUGCACGCUGCACACAGGGACUUCCUCCACCAGAAGAGCCACAUGGUGCUAGGGAGAAACGAGGUUGUUGUGAAGAUUGAAGAUUAUAUUUUACAUGAAGACAAAGAUGUGCCUUUGUUAUUACUGGGGAGCCCAGGAUGCGGCAAGUCGUCCAUUUUGUGUAAGGCGGCCGAUGUCAUCCUCACCAAGGUUGAAAAAGGAGAGAUUCACGGGGAAGGGGGCAAGGCAUGGCAUGUGUUUUAUCACUUUGUGGGGGCAGUGCCAGGCUCUACCUCGCUGGAACCCAUGUUAAAGAGACUGCUGAGAGAAGUGGAGGCUGCCAAGGACUCCAGUAACAUGCCGAAGGACUUGGAUGCCACAGCACAGAUGUGUUGCAGUGUGUUGUCUAAUCCCAACACAAGGCCUCUCAUCAUAUUCAUUGAUGCAGUCAACCAGUUUGCUGAAGAGCAGGCAGCAAGAGUUUUGAGUUGGUUACCACGGAAACUGGCCCCCCAAGUUCGAUGUAUAUUUUCAAUGAUAGACAAUACAGAUCAUCAUAUGGCCUUGAUGAGUAGGGAAACCAAGCCUAUUGAGCUCCACAUCAAACCCCUCGACCAUGCCUCUCGCCAGCAUGGUGUGCGAGAUGUUGAAGCGCGCUAUGACAAACGCCUUCCUGCCAGUCAGCUGGAGGAGCUGCUCAACAAGCAGUCCUCGGAGAACCCUCUGUGGCUCUCUGUGGCCUGUGAGGAGCUCAGCCUGUUGGAUGAUGCUGACUUCAUCUCACAAACAAUUGUGGCACUACCUAAUGGCCUUCUUAACCUGUUAGAGCAUCUACUGACCAGGCUUGAACAUGAAAAUGGCGGGAAUCUGCUGGUGGCCACCUUGUGUCUGCUGGAGGCGUCUGCGGCUGGACUGUUGGAGUGUGAACUCAGGGAUAUACUUGGAGAUGAGGACUCUCUCAUGCCGCCUUCACCUUACGAUGAGAAAGAGGAAAAGGAGUGCUCAGAGAAGGAGAAGGUGAAGCAGAGGGGAUCACUGUCAGACAGGAAGUGGAUGCGGAUCUUCUCCACGUUACGUCCCUUCCUACGUCCCUAUGGCGACAGUAAGGAGGGACGUCUUGACUUCUACCACAGAGCUCUCAGCAAGGCAGUCAGGAAAAAGUACUUCCGCAAGGGAGAGGCAGAAGAGCGAGAGGACGUCCCGGUACCGGAGGACGAGGACAACAAUGAGGGCAGCUUGGAACGGGAGGAAAAGCCUGACGCCUUCUACUGGUGGCACAAGAAGCUGGCAGACUACUUUGAGACAGUCACGAACACAGACAGGAAAGUUGAGGAGUAUCCAUAUCACCUGGUAUGUCUGGAUGACAAGUACCGCUUGGCUCAGUGUCUGUGUGACUGGGACAUUUUCGACCAACUCUACAACGAGGAAUACAGUUCUCAGCUCCUUGCCUAUUGGAGAAAGGUUGGUCCUUCGGCAGAGAUGAUCUCUUAUUAUGAGACCGCCUUGUCCAAGUUUGAGGAGGAUGAAACAGUUAAUGAGGAAUCCGUGUCUAUACAGUACGAGAAAGUCUGUAGAGUUGUAAUUCAGGCAGGGAAACACUAUGAAGCAUUAGAACUGUUAAAGACAGCCAUGAAGAUAGAGGAAAUUGAGCUGGGUGCUCGGCCUCAUCGCAUGGUUGAACUGUACGCCCUCAUGGCUGAGAUAUAUGAUGAGAAACUGAAGCUGAAUGACUUUGUAUCUCCAAGUCAACUACCUGACCUCAGGAAAACCAUAUACUAUGGGCGCAAGUCCAUCACAAUACGAAAAACACUACCUGGAACAUAUCAUAAGUUCAAGCUAUCGAUGAGUCUCAUGAAGCUGGCUUUCAACAUGGAGAGCUGGGAAGCAUGUGGUGGUGGACCUGAGUUGACAGGGAGUGAAGCACUGGCGGAGGGCAACAAGUACAUUGACAAGGCGCUCAAGAUAUUCCAGGAGCUCAAUGACAUGGGUCAUUAUGCGGAGGCCUUGAUGACAAAGGGUGUGCUGGCACCGAGAGGCAGCAUGGAACAGCUCAAGCUGUACAACCAGGCGAUGGACCUGUGCAUGCAGAUGUACGGAGAGUUCCACAUCCUUACCUCACGCCUCUACAUCAACAUCGGCAUUGUGUAUGAGGACAAUAACGAUUACAAGAAAGCCUACGAAUACUUCAAGAAAUGGGCGCGUGUCAGUGAGGAGAUUCUUGGACCUGAUCACCCAAAAACGUUACGAGCCAAAGGCGUACUACGAGAAUCUCGGUACAAGCGUAUAGCGCAGGAACUUGGUGAAUGGGAUGCUGAGGAACCUGAGCAGGAUGGCAUGGCAGACAUUGAGGAGGAAGAAGAAGAAAAUCCUGACACAGAACAUAAUUAUGAUGACACGGUCGGGCAGGUGGAGCUUGUUGUGAGCCGUGAAGAUCUUCCAUUGGACAGUUUUGUGGACAAUGUUGCGAAUGGUGAGGCCAUUCAUAUCGCAGCGGAGUCUGGAUUGAAUGUUCUUGCUGAGGUGGAUUCAGAUGAUAAUAACGAGCUGUUGAUGAACGGAUAUUUCGAUGGAGAGGAUCGGGAAUCCAUCAAUGAGGAACACACAGACAGUGAGAAUUUUUAUGAUGACAAUUUUGAGGACUAUGAUGAGCAGUACAUACUGCAUGUGGAUAAUGGGCCUGUGAUUGAAGAAUUCAAUGUUCAUCUCGGGGAUGACGAUGAUGAUAACGACAUUGUAGAACUUGCGUCACGGGAAAUAGAUGACUGUGACAACCGGUACGCGAGUGACGGGCGAGAAGAUGAUGAUGAUGUUGGACUGCACCAUAGAUACAACAGGUCCUGAAACGAGAGGUUGAUAGGUAGAAAGGGUGUAUUGUAUGAUAUAUAACUUUUUUUCUACCUGUAUGUUUAAUGAGGAGUCCUUGAAUAAUGUAAUAAUGCUAUGUGUUAUUUUAAACCCUGUGUUAUGGAUAAUAAUUAUUACAAGCCUCAUACCCAGCUUAAAAAUGUUACUGCUUUCAGCUAUACACUAAAUUGGAUUGAUCUAUCAGGAAUACUCAUCACAGCAUUUCAGGAGACGAGGGGCGGUGGGGUAGCCUAGUGGUUAAAGCAUCCGCUCAUCACUCAAAAGCCUGGGUUCGAUUCCCCAC